AUGUCUUACACCACUGCUAUCCAACGGAGCCUCAAAGGCCCUUCGCCGGCAUUCGGUUUUUGGCUCACUCUCCCCAGCGCUGCUGUUGCUAAGACCAUCAUUCACGGUGCCUCUGGUUCGUCAACAAAGUUCAGCUGGGUUCUGGUUGAUGCCGAGCACGGUUUGAUUUCCGAUUCCAACUAUUAUGAGCUUAAUAAUGCUAUUGGUUCUGAAGACGCCAGCCCCGUUAUCCGGGUCCCCUGGGCGGAGGAGUGGAUGAUUAAGCGCGCUCUCGAUGCCGGUGCUCACGGCAUCAUGACUCCGAUGUGCCAUUCAGAGGUUGACGCUGCUAAGAUCGUCAGCUGGUGCAAGUACCCUCCUCUCGGAACCCGUGGCUACGGCCCCAUGUUCGCCCCCCACUCAUUCCCCGGAUGCAACCCCGGCCCCGAGUACGAUGAGGGUUCCCAGCAGUUUGUGACCGUGUGCGUGCAGAUUGAGUCGCGACCCGGUGUUGAGAAUGUUGAGAAGAUUGCUGCUACUCCUGGCAUUGAUGUCCUCUUCAUUGGGCCGUUCGAUCUUGCCAAGCAGACAGGUGUUACUCGCGGCGGCGAGGAGCACGAGGCUUCUAUUCAGCGUAUCUUGGCUGCUGCCCAUGCCAAUGGCAAAAAAGCUGCUAUCUUCUGUACCGAUGGUAAUGAUGCUCGCAAGCGUGCCGAGCAAGGAUUCGAUAUGAUUUCUGUCAACACUGAUGUUGGUGUUAUCCGGGCGGGUAUGCUGAACGAGUUGAAGACAGCCAAUGGCGAGGCUGUUCAGGGUGGCGCCCGCGAGGGCUACUAG